AUGAUGGCACCGAGUGAACUACAUGGAAGCACCCUUCCAGAGUUACCUACCUCUCUCUACGAGGCGUUCUACCAAAAUGUUGUGAAGUUCCCCAAUACUAUCGCUCUCAUCAGCACUCAGCAGCCCUCAGCUUUAUACGGCAUCCCAAGCACGUCCAUCGACAGCGCAAAGCAUGGGGCGGACUACUUACGAUGGACUUAUCAAGACCUCAGUCACGCUGUACAAAGACUUGUCACUGGGUUACAAACAAGGGGGUUGAAGAGAGGUGACCCUUUGGUUAUUUUUAUGCCGAAUACUGCGGAAUACGUUAUUGCUACUUGGGCCGCGUACGAAUUGGGCUGUACCUAUGUUCCAAUCAACCCUAAGGGUCUAUCCAAUGCCCAAGAGAUGCGGCAUAUGUUGAAAAUCGUGACAGGACAGUGUCAGUCAGACUUUGUGGGCAUUAUUGCUGGGAAGUCUGAUAUAUGUGCACGCAUCGAAGAGUUGACGUCCGAGCAGAACUGCAUGAGAAUUUUGGUCGAAGGGGAGAGGGACGGGUGGACACCGUUUAAGGAGGUGAUGUCGGAUCCUGCUCCUGAUCUCCAGCAAAGCGUGUAUAGAGAUCACGACUCAGAAUUUUCUGAUCGGACAAUUUUCUUCACUAGUGGGACCACGUCUCUCCCUAAAGGCUGUCUUAUACCAUCUGCGUAUGGCUUUUCCGCCGCUUUACGCUGGCGCGAAAGCAGUGUCCCUAUGCUGCCUGGAGACCGGGCAUUAUUUACAUUGCCAAACAACCACGGGUUUGGCUGGCUUUGUAUUAUAGGUCCCUUUCUUAACGCGGCUACAGUCGUGCUCCCGGGGCCAAGCUUCGUUCCAGAGGCUGUGGCGAAGGCCAUCAGGGAGGAGCAAGUGAGCCACGCUGGACUGGUGCCAACCAUGCUGCAUGCUCUAAGCAAUGUAUCGCUUGCAUCCGGGAAGCUCAAUUCACUUAGGCGGAUCGUAAUGGGGGGCUCCCCACCGACUGAAGAGGUCAUCAAGAUUUGCCUUGACACCUUGGGUGCGUCGGGGGUCGAAAAUCUCUAUGGUAUGACCGAGGGCGUUCUUAUCUCUACUGAUGUUGUGAGCCAUGCCAGCGAUAUAAUCAAAGGCAGAGAUGUUUCUAUUGGCACUCCACUCCCGGGUAUGACUGUUCGUGUCUGUGCCAAGGACAGUAAUGCAUCAACUAAGACUGGUGAGGCUGGUGAGAUUCAUUUCUCAGGCCCAGCUUUGAUCAAGGGUUAUAUUGGAGGAAUGGAUAGUAACUUCUACAACGGAGAGGACGGGCGCCCGUGGUUUCGUAGUGGUGAUAAAGCCUUCAUUGGUACCGACGGUCGUCUCUACUUGAUUGGUAGAUACAAAGAUACCAUUAUCCGUGGAGGCGAGAAUAUUGAACCAUCAGCCAUCGAGGCUGUCCUGGGUCAAAUCCCCGACAUCAACAUCCUUCAGCCUCAAAUUGUACGCGCACCGGACAAUAUUGCCGGCGAAGUUCCUGUUGCUGUGGUGAACCAGAAAAUCGAUGAUUCCACAGCGGAUAGACUUAAGGAUAUUGUAUUGACACGGAUGGGAAAUCUUUAUGUUCCAGCAGAAGUGAUAUCGAUACAAACAUUGGGGCAUGAAAAAUAUCCAACGACUAUGGCAGGGAAAGUCCAGAAGACCAAACUGGAGGAACUGGUCAGGACAUACUGGGAACGCCAAAAUACGCAGGGCGGGCACAGUAUUGAUGGACCGAUUUCAGGACCUCAAGUCAUGCGGUCAUUAAGCAUGGCGAUCGAAAAGACAAUGGGACACCCAAUUGACCUCUCUGCUGGGAUGAUUGAGCUAGGGAUCGACUCGAUUCGGUCUAUCGCAAUUCUCAAGCGUGUUCAAAUAGAAACAGGAGUGUCAUUGCCGUCAUCCUUGUUUUUCACCCAAGCAACAGUCGGUGCAAUCUUUCAACAAAUCAGUUCGAUUCCAGAUACGGCAGGCUUUCUUGAUUUUACACCUGUCAUGAAAGAUGCGCCUGAGGAUAGAUGCUUUUCGGUCCUGCUUCAGGGGACCCCCAGAGCGGGUGUUCCUUCCCUCUUUCUCACACCUCCAGGCUCCGGAAAUGCCUUCGUGUACAGAACAUUACCAAAAUUUUCAAAUGACUGUGCGGUCUACAGCUUUGGCUCACCAUUCCUCAUGACCAAAUCGGAAACUUCAUGGACGAUAGAAGAGACUGCCACCAUCUACGCAAACACUAUUCAAAGCAUUGAUCCGGAUGGCCCGUACAUGCUGUGCGGAUGGUCCAUGGGGACAGCUACUGCAUAUGAAACUGCAUACCAGCUCCAUGAACAAGGAAAGCAAGUACUGGGGAUCAUUAUGCUAGACUUAGCAUUACCUCGACCACCUCCUACGAUCCCGGAGGCAACUGUCGAACUGUUCGAAAUGAUGGGCGUCUUCCCCCCAAUCCGUCGUCAAGGCAAACCUGACGUGGAGAUUCCCGCAUUUCGGAAAAAGCAUCGAGUUGCAGCUUACUACGCCAAAAUGAAAUAUGCACCUCGUCCCUUUAAUAACAGAGGAAACACGAGUCGACCGAAGAUCUUCGUCAUCUGGGCUGGGCAUGGUGACCAUGACAGGAUGGCAGAUAUGGUCCUCGAAGCAACGAAACUUGCAAAGAAAGAAGGGCCAGGAACAAAACUACAAAUUAGCAAUGACUGGCUUACUGUCCCGCGUGAGUCUUUCGAUGCUGGUGGCUGGGACGAAAUGGUUGGAUCGGAGAAUGUCGAGUGGGCCAUUGUUGAAGAUGCAGAUCAUGAUACACUCAUAGAGUCAGAAGAAUUGGUCGUUUUGACUAAGGAUUUGAUGGAGAAGGCAAUGGAUAAAUGGUUGCAGCAAGCGGACCUUAAGUCCGACAUUCCAGUCUGA